CGAAGUAAAAGAGCAAUUGGAGCUUGUGUUCAAACAAAUGCAAGAGAUUGUUGACAAGAAAUCGAAUAAAAUAAGUAGUCGCGUGCGAUUCAUGAUAAAAGACGUGAUCGAGCUGCGCCAACGACGCUGGGUGGUAAAGAGCGUUGUCGACUCCCAGCCCAAGAUGAUGGACCAGAUUCAAAAGGAGGCUGAGCAACAACAGCGACAUAUUGAGUUGAUGAACUCCAUUCCAAUGGGCGGUGGUUACGGUCGCCGCGAGGAUGGCGGUCGUGGUAAACGCGGCGGUGAGGGACGACGUCAGAAUAAUAACUCAUUCACGGAUAAUAACUGGAAAUCACCACGAAUUAAUACCGUUGACAUGUCCAAACUCAAAGCUGGCACACAAAAGAAUUUAAGCAAUAUCAAACUUGCGCCACAGCAUUCUGGAUGGAACCAUGGCUCGGGUACAAAGAAUACGUUACAGGCCAGCAGUAACUCAAUGAUUGGAAUCACCAAGAACAAAUUCAGCAUGCUUGAGAACUCAUCCACUGAUCCUACAUUGCUCAGAGCAAAUCCUGAUUUAUCUACGAGCUACACAAAAGGAGCUUCCAUUGAGAGGUCAACAUUUAACUCCCGAGGUGACUUUAAUAUGAGCAGCGGCAGUCGUGCCCGACUAACCCCCGAAGCGGCUCCUCGCCCGGUCGCCAGUGCUCCUAGCCCUCAGGUGGCGGAGCCCCCGCCGGUCGCAGAGCCCGCGUAAGAACCCUUGUCUGAAGAGAAGAAGAGAUCCGUCAGGUCCAUGGUCGGACUUAGUCUCAACUUUGACAAUGAUGAGGUUGUUCUUGAAAUACAACAGCGCUUCCCGAUCCAGUACCAUGUGGCACUCGUUACAGAAAUCGUCAAUAUCGUACUAGAAAAGUAAG